CACACAUCCGGGAUGCCUAUUCGGAGUGUUGGCGACUCAAUCCGUAUCCAUCUCUCAGAAGGCUUUGUGGCGCCCUUGCUGAAGCGCAGCCAAAUCGCAGCGCACCGAUUCACGGACAAACUGUUAUGUAUCGAGUCCAGCCCAGAAGGGAGGGAGAAAAUCCAAAAAUUGUCGCACUGGAACCAUGGGCAUACAAUCAAGACGACACGAGGUCGCCUGUUGCGGGAUGGUGCACAAUCCUCACCACGCAGUAAAACCCAUCGUCUUGACCCCGUCCCCACCUCGUUGCUUUGCUCCUCACCACACAUCCCCGGCCGUCAUAACAGUCACUAUCGAUAGUGCCAUCGACAGUCGACGAAGGAUUACGGGUGUGCUGGGAAACACGCCGACGUGAUCAAGAUCGCCGUGCUCGCGAUCUCAUGGAAAUCGGGUGAUGGAGACAGGCGCCGGGAUGCUGCAUGAGCCAGCAUUCCGCCCAGUACAGAUCUGGCGAGCCUAAAGCCGAUGGCGGAUGCGGAAACGACAGGCUGCGCUUGCGUGAUCUACCGCGUCCAUGCUCUCGCUCGUCAAGUCGAGGUCUCUGAGCGACACAGAAGCGAUCGGCUACUCGACAAUCUGGACGUGGAACGUCCUGUGCGAAUCAAGCACCGCAAAGAUGCGCUGUGGUGGUGCAAAGCAAGCUGGAGCCCAUGGAUGCAGGGAAACACGUUUUUAUCCUGCUGCAGUUUCAGGAACAUCUGGACUUGAAACGCACCGGCCGUGCCGAAAUGACAGCGUGCGCGUCAAUGCGGGGCCAGUAUGGCUCUACGCUGGA